GCUGACGUCAGCAACAAAACCAGAACCCCGCCCAAAACGACCAAGGACGAGCCGACACCACAGCCAAACAUAGCCCACCCCUCGAAACAAGACAAGGAGCUUCUUGUCUCACGGCUCUCCAGAGCUCUCAUGUCUACCAUCCCUACUAGUGCCAGUGCGGCCAAGAGUUCCAAAAGGCAGAAGCUGGCGCCUUCGGAUGACGCAUUGUUAUUUGAUCGAAAGGACGUGGACAAGCUAUUAUGCUGCUGAGGGCGGGCAAUUGGAAGUUCUAAAAUGGUUGCAUGAGAAUGGCUGCCCAUUGAGUUCCAGGACAUGUUAUGCUGCUGCUAGGAAUGGUCAUCUGGGAUGUCUCAAGUGGGCACACCAGGUUGGAUGCCCAUUGGAUGAAGCAACUUCUAAGUUUUCUGCCAGGAAUGGACAUCUAGAAUGUCUCAAGUGGGCUCUCCAGAAUGAGUGCCCAUGGGAUCCACUGGGAAGCGCCUUUGCUGCUGAAAUGGGUCGCUUUGAAAUCCUAAAAUGGAUUCAUGAAAAUGGGCUCUCGUGGAAUGAGGGGACAUGUGCUUCUGCUGCUGAAGGUGGCCAUUUUGAAAUUCUGAAAUGGGCCCGUGAGCAUGGAUGUCCAUGGUCUAGUUCUACCUGCUCCGGGGCUGCUGAAGGGGGCAAUUUUGAAAUUCUGCAAUGGGCCAGAGAGAAUGGUUGCCCGUGGGAUGAAGCAACUUGUGCCCGUGCUGCCUGUCAUGGGCAUAUUGAGAUUUUGAGGUGGGCUCUUGAGAAUGGAUGCCCAUGGGAUUGCAGAACAUGCAGCAGUGCUGCUGAAAACGGACGAUUGGAAAUCCUGAAAUGGGCUCGAGAGAAUGGGUGCCCGUGGGACAAAGGCACUUGCAUCCUUGCCGCUCGGGGUGGAAAUUUUGACAUUUUAAAAUGGGCAUGUGAGAAUGGAUGCCCUGAUUCGGAUUUAGAAGAUUAAGACACGGAUGAUGACUAGCUUAUACGUGUAGUAGAAUCUGCAUUGAGAUGACGUUCAUUCUAGCUAGGUGUGUAUACUAGUUAGGCGUGUACAGGUCUACCGGCUGUUCUCAGCCUGCCC